AUGGCGGCCUCGGGGCGAUGGCAGCGCGAGUACGAGCGCGACUGGCGCGACUACACGCAGCGUGUGCUGGUCGACUGCUUCGGUAAGUUCGCGGUGCAGUGCGCGCCGUCCGUGACGCAGGAGGACGAGCGCCAGUUGCGCGCAGUGCUGGCGGCGGCGGGCAUCAAGCACGUGCCUCCGAACCACAGUCGAUGGCAGGCGCCUAUUCCGGCGUCACAGCCCCUCUCGGAGCCCCAAGACUCGCUCAUAUCGAACGGAUCCUAUGUCUACAGCACCCCACCGCCGCCUGAGAGCCAGAGCAUGUUCCCAGCCUUCAGCUCGCAGGAUUUCGGGUCCCAGCCGACCUCCGAGCGCCGAGUGAGUGCCUCGCAACGCUUGCAAGCGCUGAUGGCUGACGUGUCCCCCAUUGCAGACAAUAGACGCGCCUCCGUGGAGUGUGUAGGGACGAUCUCGCCGCCGUCCGGGGCGGCCAAGUCGCCGUGGACGCCGGGUCAAUGGUCUCCAAGACCGGGCGGAAAGAAGCGACGAACGCCGCGUCGGUCGCUGGAGCCGAGCUUUAGAGCUGAAGACCUGGAUGUGUCGAUGCAGUCGAUACAUCUGAGUGACGAUGAGCGGGCGAGAAUGGAGGAGGAGGAAGCGGAGGAGGAAGAUACCCAAAUGUUGGAUGUGUCGGAGGUGCGCGAGGAUGAAGAGAAGGCCGCAGCUCCGAAGGAAGGAGAGGUGAUAAUGGAGGAAGAGCCUGUGCAGAAUGAGCCGUGCGGAGAGAAGGCUGCUGAAGAGCAUAGGGUGGUUGUGGACCUGGUGGAUUGCCACGAUGAUGCCGAGGAUAUGAAUGUGUCCAAGGAACUGGUGUUCAGCAGUGACAGCGAGGAUGAAAAAGACGACGGCAAGGAAGAAAAGAAGGAAGAAGCUGGCGUUGAGAAUAUGGUCGAAGAAGAAAGAGCGAGCGCUCCUGCUGAUGUCGGCAGUGGAGAUAAAUCGGCUCAUCAAUCGCUUCCUCCCGAAGAUGCAGCUGAGAGACAGCCUUGGUCCUCGGAGCCUGACUACGAGUUCGGCGAUGGAAAUGACUAUCCAGCUUAUAGCCAAGUUCACGAGCAGCAAGACGUGGAGAUGGACGAGGUUGUACAGCCAACUGCCCCCGAAUCCAGCCAAGCGGUCGGACAACCGACCCAAGAAGACGAUCGUGAUGUGGCACAGCAGCAAGAAGCCCCUGCAACUCCAACUAAAGUAACGACUCUGGCUUCAGCCAACAAGCAAAGCGCAAGAGUUCUGGAGCAGCCUCCGUCAGUAAGGCGAUCGACGUUUGCAUCCCCCACGGCUUCGUCGGUUAGCCGAACUUCAUACGCCACACCUACCGCGUCGUCAGCAAGAAGAAUGUCAUAUGCUACGCCCACAGCCUCCUCGGCAAGGAAACAAGCGCAUACUUCUCCUGCGGCUUCUUCCAUGAGACGAACAACUUUCGCUUCUCCGACAGCUUCUUCUGCAAGGAAAACAUCGCGUACGCCCCCGGCGCCUUCAUCGACCAGGCGGGCACCUCGAACUCCGCCAACAGCUUCCACAACAUCAAGAUCGGCGUUAUCACGGAAGCGCGCAAACCGAGGUGCACUGUUGCAUACGAAGCUGCCACUGGAGAUGGAAUACCGGUUUGCCAGCGACAGACGCCGACGUCACAGGCGACGAAAGUCCCUAGCAGCCAAACCGGGUGUAUUCCCUUACGUUGUGCCGGAGUUGCUGGUAGAAUUGCAGCCUUACCAGAAGGAGGCGCUCCAGUGGAUGCUCGAACGAGAGCAGGACCCUGGCGACCCAGUCACUAUUGAUCAGCAACGUCGUGGUGAGGCUACAGCAGUCGACGCGCUGGUUGCAAAGGUGUGUGGUGGAGUUUUGGCGGAUGAGAUGGGGCUCGGUAAGACAGUAUGCUGUCUUGCACUUAUUUGCGAGUCUCUUCGUCAAGCCCGAGAAGCUGAAGCACAAGCAAGAAGUACGACGGGGAGCACGGUGCCGCGUCUUACGCCUCCAACUCUUAUCGUGACGCCGCUCUCCAUUUUAUCGCAGUGGGAACAAGAGAUCCGAGCUAAAACGAAUCUGAGCGUGGUGACGUAUCACGGUGCUACGCGGAAAAGCUUCCGCUCUGCUACUCAAUUUAUGGGAGCAGACAUCGUGCUCUCGACAUACGACACUCUUCGGCUUUUGGAGUGCAAGGUUCGAGACAAAGACAGCGACGAUGGUGGUGCUGAGGGCGAUGAUGAGGGCACAAGUACAGCGGAUGGGUGGCAUCAAGCUCCGCGUUUGACUCCGAGUUCGAAGAAGUCCGUGGUGACGUCAAAGCUCCAUCAGCUGCUGUGGUUCCGAGUCAUUCUGGAUGAAAGCCACCUCAUUUCAAAUGCUGGAUGCGCACGAGCUCGGGCUGCUUUCACCCUUGGCAGCAAGCGUCGAUGGUGUGUGACUGGCACUCCUAUUCAGAACCGAACAGCUGACCUAGCGGCGUUGCUGCAGUUUGUUGGGCUUGGAAAUCGUGCCCAUGCGCUUUCUGAACGUGAACUUGGAGCUCUCGUACCUCGUGUUGUGAUGCGUCGGCUCAAGUCUACGGUGGAUGCAGUUUCUAACGCUCCUAUCCUAGAGCUCCCUCCGAAGACAGAAGAGGUGGUCGAGCUGGACUUUGCUUCUGAUGUGGAGCGAGCUUUAUACAUGCUGUUGCAUCGUUCGACCAAGCGGCAAGUGCUUCGGUACUUGCAGUCCAAGGAGGCGCGACAGGGGGGUCGUCGAGUUCCUCUCACCACUCCAACCAAAGAUGGCGGGGAGCGCCCACUGUUCAUGCACGUGUUUGAACUCAUCCUUCGACUUCGACAAGUGUGUGAUGCCUGUACCCUUGUGACCGCAGACCCGUUGGCUGAAGUGCUGACGAGAGCAGCAAGUGCCGAAGCGCUGGUCGGGAACGCGAGAGACGGCAUUUCUCCGUUUUCAGCUGGAGAAUCCGAGCUCUUGAAGCGGCUACAGGAGCAUCACGCUGAUGGAAAUACUGUGAGCGGGAGCGGUCCGUUGGAGUCGACGAAGCUGACAGCGCUGAUGCACGAGUUGAAGAAGUGGACCAGCUUCCUGGAUAUGAUUGCGGAGCGCCUAGAAGCUCACAAUGCGCAGUGCGAGUCGGUAUCGUCGUUGGAAGAUGCUUCAGCUGUCGGCAACGAAGCUAUCGCUUUCGCCAAGUUGGAUGGACGAUUGCCUGCCAAGGACCGAGAGCAGAUCGUGCGGAAUUUCCAGCAGCAGGAAGACAGCUACGACAUGGGACCAGUGGUUGGUCCUCCGCUGGACGUGUUGCUGCUGUCAUUGCGUACUGGUGGCCUCGGGUUGAACCUCACAGCAGCGGCGCACGUCUUCAUCAUGGAGCCUAGCUGGAAUCCCAGCCUUGAGCGGCAGGCUGUGGAUCGGGCCCACCGUUUCGGCCAGACGAGGGAGGUGCGCGUCGUUCGCUUCAUCGUGAAAGGAUCGAUCGAGGAGCGAGUCGUGGCGUUGCAGAACAAGAAGUGCCAGCUCACGGCCGCCUUCCUGGGGGAUGGAGAUGUCCUUUCAACCGCCAAGAAGAGCAGACUACGCGAGACUCGCCUGUCGACGGGAGAUCUCAGGAGACUCUUCUUCACGCAGCAGGAGCAAGAACAAGAAGGUAUUCGGCAGCGAGAUGAAGAUGACGGAGAUGACACUGCACAGCGCGAUGUUCAGCGUGACGAUGGUGCAGAGGACAGCGACGGUAGCGUGACAUGCAUAGAAAUCAGUGACUAG